CUUUUGAAUUUUGUACUUUUUCUUAUUUUUGAUCACUUUUUAACAUUCUUUUUUAAGCUUUAAUUUGUGUUUUGGCAAAAACACAUUUUUUUCAGGGGUCCUUCAUCCAUACAGAAGCAUUUUCUACAUCUCAGUUGUCUGCUGACACAAGAUGGCAAUGCUAGCAGUUUCGACAGUGGUGCUGCUAUCAUUCGGAUGUUGCAUUGGAGCUCCGGCACCACAAAAGAAGGUUAGGAUUUGCUCAUUCCCACUGGAUUUAGCUCCAAACUCUGUUGACGACAUGUACAACGGCUGCGAAAAUCAGAUGGAAAGAAAAGUGGCCAGUUUGCUAAAUACGGAGAAAAGGGGUGAAUUUAGAGAUGCUUGGCGUGUAGCACAAAAAUACUACAACAAUAAAUGGGCAACCACCAGCUCAAGGCUGAAGAAAGAACAAAUCAUGGCUAUUCAUGCUUACACCCUGGCAAAUCCACCACUAUACGUUGAGUUCAAUAAGGCAGUCCGAACACAAAAAUCUGGGUACACGACCAAAUUUCAAUAUCAUGCACUACACUUCUACCUCACCAUGGCCCUACGCUCCCUUAAGCGCAAUGCACCACAGUGUGUCACCACUUAUCGGAGAACCAACUGCAUAUUUGAAACAGAGAUCAACAGAGAGAUUCGCUUUGGUGGCUUUACCUCCAGCUCAGAAGGUGGUUAUCCUUCUCCUCAUUUUGGCGACCAAUCAUGUUUUGAGAUUACCACCUGCUUUGGAGCACGCAUCUCAAAGUUCUCUAUGUUUGAAUGGGAAAACGAGGUCCUGAUCCCUCCGUAUGAGGUUUUUAAGGUAACAGACAUACAGAAAAGAUCUGGGAAGAAUUUCCUUCCAUGCCAGGUUGUCUACAAACUGAAGAGCACAAACAACCCACGUUCCAGUUUAAACUGUGCUCUCACCAAGUCAGGUUUGUGAUGAAAUGUCCCAAUGAAUACAAGCAGCACUGUGCCCAAUUUUAGUUUUUCACACUUAUGUCUGAUAUGAUAACAAAUGACUAUUGUUUCAAACAUAAAAGUAAAUACUCACCUUUACAGGACUUUUUAUGUAAAACUUUAAAUUAGGAAACAGUUUUCAGUGUAAAACUAAUUUUAUACAAGGGACAUAAAAUAUUUGAAGAGCACAUUCAUUUAUGUUACAAUCAUAAACUUCCCACUUCUUUCAGUUUAGAUAUGAAAAGGAAUACACAAAAUACACAGUCAGCCUAGAUUUCACUGCAUUUUCAGAGGAACAUGUUUUAUGCACUAGCACCAUCUGCUGGUAAUAAAAAAAAAGUAUAUAUUUUUUUAAGGUCAAUGAAAAUGAUUUACCAGCCCAGCAGAGAGAAUGCAGAUACACAUGUCUGCAUUCUUAUUUUUUAUAGAUGUGUCUGUUUCAUUUCCUUUGCAGGUUCAUGCAUACAAACAGUGUUUUAACACAGCGCAUCAAGCAGGAGCACUUGAUAGAUCAGAUCAAGUGGGUGAAAACCACAGAGCAAGCAGGUUUCCGCUUAUGUGUACUUCUAUGCAUCGAGUUUUAUUUUCUGUUUCUAAAAGGGGCUGAAUAUUUCCCCUUUGGUAUGUCAUUUCCUAUACGUGCGUGUGUAAAGACAGGAUGUGACUAACUGUGAGGCAUAUUAAGGUUUAUGUACAACUUCAUUUUGGGGCUCUGCUUCUCUGACUCCCAGAGUCAGACGCUUUAAAUAAAACAUUUAAAGACAAA